AUUCUAUUAAUUGGCAACGACGGCAUCAGAGUUAAGAAGUAUAGCUUGCUAGCAAGCUUAGCUUUAGCAUUAGCACUGUAGCUAACUAAGCUAAACCUGGUUUUCCACUUAAAUAUUAAGUCUUAAGCAGAAAUUUUCUUGACUGCAAAUCUAAGUUAGCUUACUCACUACACAACCGACAGUAACACCAGCCUAAUUGUUGUCUGUUAGGCUUUUCACACGAUAAAUGCAGUUCAUAGCUGAGUGAAUGAGCGCCCUUGGCUUAAUUGUAAUUAAAAUAUUUUCACAGGAUUUGCUACCAAAAUAAGGUAGCUAUUUUCUUGAUAUAAAAUGUGUUAUGUUUGAUAUUCUACAAAAAUCGUUCUUAUAGUGCAAUAGUGUUUAGAAGUUAUGUCUUUGGUUUACAUAAGAUGAAAAAACUCUUUUACUUUUUAGACUGCAUAUUUGCUUCAGACCCUCUAAAUAAACAUGUUCAGUUUCCAGAUGAUCAUAUGCUCCCCUGAGACUUCAUGAAGCCCUGGACAUUUUGUUCUCAUCAGUUUUUAAACCAAAGGAUCUUUCAAUUUGAAUAACAGCAUCAAGUUACAUGCUAAAUAUGUUUGCACUUUACGCACAAAGGAUUAACAUUCAGCUUCAAUUAUAUCGAUAAAAAUCCCUAUAGUUUAUUGUUAAGGUUGAAAAUCUGUAUAUUUUUUUUUCAGUAAGGAAAUUCCUUAAAGGUUUGACUCCUCCUCAUUUCCCAUGUGUAAGGAAAACAAGACAAAAACAAGCUGCUGUUGUUGCUUUGAAACCAGACAAAAAGAACAAGUGUGCAACUCCAACUUGCAGUUUUUCAGAUCCUCUAAUAUUUUUACAUUGCAGGCAUAAAUAAUGGCGCACUUUGUGUCUACGGGGAAACGAUCCGUUAGCCUGCGCCAGAUCGCAGAGUGCGCGCAUCUGGUGCCAAACUGGUCUCCGGUUAAGCAGCAGCAGCACAUUGUUCUGUUUCUCUUCAUCCUGCCUGCUAAUAUUCAGGCAGCUGAAACUUGAAUCACUCCUCACGUGUUGUAGGGUUUUCUGUUAUGUUUGGGAACUAAAAAGUGAGAAACGUUGUUACUCUCUUGGAGGUAAGAGUUGAGAUUUUUUUUUUCUUAUUUUGCAGACGAAAAAAACAAACAGUGGCUCUCGUGCCUCUGGCUGUGAUCGCCGUUUCUUCACGUGCUAUGUAGGUCACUCACUUCACUGGACGAUCUGUUCACCACCCGGGUCCUUCCAGUCCCCCCCCCCCACCAGAUCUGAACGAGUGGGCCGCCUGCUGCCGCUGAGAGGCAUGCCUCGCCUCGCCUCGCCUCGCCUCGCCUCGCCUCGCCUCGCCUCGCCUCCCUCUGCCACAGCUCCUCUCUCUGCUCUGAAGUCGGGGUGUUAAUGGGAACUAGAUGGAAAGUGUGAUGUGGGAGAUGCUGGCUGCCUUCAGCACGCUGGAUAGCGCCCUGGGAAGUUGGAGAGGACGCGCGGACGCGCCGGGAUCUUAAGUGAAUUUAAUUUGGGAUUCUUUCCGGAGACAUGAGCGGCGGCUGAUGAUGAUGAUGAUGAUGGCUGAUUUUAGGUACUUGUUCGCAGCCAGCGGGCGCAGGUAACCUAAGAGGGGAUUAUAAUUAUUAUUUGUUUCAUUUCUCUGCUGUGAGAGACAUGGACUUUGCUGACGUUCUCUGCGCUCUGUUCAUCGUCGUGGUCGCGGUCGUGUCUCUGCUGUCAAACUUGCUGGUGCUGCUAUGUUUCGUCCACAGCACCGAGAUCCGCCGGCAGGUGCCCGGCGUCUUCACCAUGAACUUGUCCUUCUGCAACAUCCUCAUCACGGUGCUCAACAUGCCGGCCACCCUGCUGGGGGUCGUCAGGAACCAGAAGCCCUUCGGGGACUGCGUCUGCCACACGGUGAGCUUCCUGGAGACUUUCCUGACUGCGAACACCAUGCUGAGCAUGGCCGCGCUCAGCAUUGACCGCUGGAUCGCGGUGGUCUUCCCGCUCAGCUACGCCACCAAGAUGCGCUACAAGGACGCGGUGAUCAUGGUGGGCUACUCCUGGCUGCACUCCUUCACCUUCUCCCUGACGGCGCUGCUCCUCUCCUGGGUGGACUACAGCGACGUGUACGCGUCCUGCACGCUGCAGCCCAGCGGGGGAGGCAGCGACAAAGUUAAGUUCACGGUUUUCACCGUGGUUUUCCACGCCACCAGCUUCGUGCUGUCGCUGCUCAUCCUGUGCUUCACCUACCUGAAAGUGCUGAAAGUCGCCAGGUUUCACUGCAAGAGGAUCGACAUCAUCACCAUGCAGACUCUGUUUCUGCUGGUCGACAUCCACCCAAGCGUCAAACAAAGGUGUUUAGCUGAGCAGAAGAGGCGAAAGCAGAGAGCCACAAAGAAGAUCAGCAUCUUCAUCGGCUCAUUUAUCAUCUGCUUUGCUCCUUAUGUAAUUACAAGGCUGGCCGAGCUUCUCCCCUUCGUGGACGUCAACCGACACUGGGGCAUCGUCAGUAAGUGCCUGACGUACAGCAAGGCUGCGUCCGACCCGUUUGCCUACUCGCUGCUGCGCCAGCAGUACAAAAAGGUCCUGGUAACGGUCGUCAACAAGCUGCUGCGCCGCGACCUUUACCCUUCGUCGGGCCACAACAGCUCUUUGGACACGGAGAACGACUACUGUCUUCAGCGGAUCAGCUAAUGGCAAAAAUGUGACGGAUUUGGACGUGACAGAUGCUCUCCAGCAGAGCGAGAGAGCGAGCCCCAAAAACAGGUUGGCUCAUGAGGAAGGAGGUGGGCGGGCGGAGGAGACGGAGACUACAGGGGAUUGUCAGGGAGGGGAGAUGGAGGGGACAGAUUGUGGGUGGAGGGUGAAGAAGGAGCAAAAAAAAAAAAAGAAAAGGUAGUGGGUGGAGAGGAAUGGAAAGGCAAGGAUGAGUGGGAGGAUGGACGGGUGGAGAUAUGAUGUAGGGGAGACAGGCGAGUUUCAGGUGGAUGGUUCUGGUAAACAGCAGGGUCUGUGAUUCAUCAGCCACAACAAACGAAAACCAACCAAUCCCCCACCCUCUGGACGUCACAGAUUCAGGUUAUUUCAAACUGAAAGACAAGACACUGGAGUCAGCGACGUGUAAGAAGAAGCUUUUCAGUGCUGAACCAACCAGCCAUCUUAUUGUUUUCAUUACCCUGGACAAGUUCGCUCUCCCGGAAACCUCCAGAGGACCCACCGGGACACGCAACGACUCGUCUGCGCUAGAACGCUUCGCGUCGUCUCGUCGGUCUCUGAAUAUUGAUGCACUUUGUCCGAGGACAUUUCCUAAAACUUCUGCGCUUGCAGGAGACAGAAGCUGUUUUGCAGGAUGAGCCUGGUGAUAGUUUAUAUUUUUGUUACUGUCAACAAGUUCCGCAAGAAGGCAGAAAUAUGAAAGGUGUUAUUUUGUCUGGCAGUACCUUACAGUUUCCACACAGCCCGUCUAUUUUGGGCCGCAUCAGAGUGGCUGAAGACCAACAGAGAGAACAAAAGGGGAGAAAUGUUUAAUGAUAGGUUUGCACACUAAUCUACCUCUGGAUCCCUAAAAGCCCAAUGGUUCAUGUGUAAAAAAAAAAAAAAGUGACUCAGUAUGUUUUCUGAUUUUUUUUUUAUUUUUUAUCUUUUACCUUCUCCACAGUUGAUGUCCAGGUCUUUUAAGCAGUGGAAAAUUUUUACAUUUAACCAGAUGAAUCAAAUUAACAGCAGGUUUAUAAGCAUAAAGUAAUAAUUUUGAUUUCCUUGGAUCUCCAUAAUUAUUCCCAUACAUCAUGAAACUGCGCAGUUACUUGCAAAAAUAUUCACUCUCUGUGAGUUUUUUGCUCUAUUGCCAUGUUACAAUGACAAUGAAACAAUUUGAGAUGAAACAACCCAAAGCUGUGAAAAUCUGUAAAAUGGAAGGAAAAUAACACGCAGUUUUAUUUUCCUGAAUCUGAAGUGUGUGGCUUGCUUUUGUUUUUCGGUCCUCUGAGUCGAUACAAACCCUCAGACAGCUGCAAGUCCUUCUAGACAUCUGGAAAUUUUUGAAAAUUCUUAAUAGCCCAAGCUCUGUCAGCUUGAGAACGUGUGGACAUAAUUGCCCAGCCUUGCCGUAGAUUCUUAAUUGGAUUUACAUCUGGGCUUUGACUAGGCCAUUCUAAAACAUGCGCAUACUUUUAUCAAAACCAUUCCGCUGCAGCUCUGUCUGUGUGUUGUGAUGCCGGAAGUUAAACUUUGACCCCAGUUUUAAUUCCUCUGCAGCCACUGAACAGUUUUCUUGCACAGAAUAAUGCUGCCGCCACCUCUGUGACAGUGUGUAAUGUGAAUUGUUAGUCUCCUCCAUACCCAGCCGUAAAACAACUGUUGUCUUCAUCCAAUCAGAGCAUCUUCUUCCACACGUUUGCUGUGUCUCAUACUUCCCUUGUUACAAACCGCUUUCGUUCAGCAACCGCUUCCAUAAGAACCAGAGCUCUGAAGUGUGUAACUACUGAUUAUCUUGUCAACAGGUUCUCCUGUCUGAGCUGGCUGCUCCUCUAAUUAACUGUCAGGUUAGGUGGACAGCUUUGUCGGGGGUUAGUUUGCAGCUGUGCCACCAUUUCCUUACUUUCACAUGACGGACUGAUCAGAACUCAGUGAGACGUUCGACCUAAGCCUUCUUUUCCAUUUCUCACACUGGGAAUACGUUUCCUUCCACUUCACAAUGAUGCGCAGCUUUGUUUUGGUAUAUUAUUACUUAAAAACUUUCAUGGAUGUUGAAUUUUUGGGUCUGAAUGAGACAAAAUGUGAAAAGGUUUUGCAAGGCGCUGUAAAUGUCGAGGAGUUCUCCAGUGGUGUGAAGUUUUUUCGCGGCUUGUUUGAGUUUCCCGCCAUUCCUCAAAAUCUGUGUAAUCAGAAACAACAACAACAACCAAAAAAUUGAUCAGAUAAUCUCAGAAGGUACGCUGAGAUUAUCUGAUCUGAGUUUUUGAAAAGCGUGCUGAAAGACGAUGCGGCGGGAACGUCUCCCAAAAUUAAAAUCAGCCUCAGUUUGAUUCUUUUCAUGGACUUCGUUGACAGUGAGAAACUCCUGCACAUCGCCAGACUCGCCCUCCAAAGAGCCAGUUAGCAGCUGAAUGUACUAGAUAACCCUCUUCUAACCGAGACGUGUUUGUACUAGCAGCCUCUGUUGUUGUUUUUCUCUGCCAUUCGACCGGUUCCUGCGGACGUCGACACGAGCCGAGUGUGCUGAAGUGUUUCGCGCCGCACUGUACAGGAGCAGCUUUUCGUCUAGACUGUCGAGGACAGACUCCAUGUAGCACAGCCAUGGUCUCUAAGUGCUUUAAAUUACACUGUUCAGUGUUUGUGCCAAGUUUAUAUGAAUAUGUGACCUUUUUUUUUUUUUUUUCAACCACUGUUAUACUUUUACGACAGCUGCUUCGAUAGGAGAAAAUACGUUGAAUUAGACGCGAUUUGCCCACACGAGUCUUUUCCCUCCUGUGAGCCACUUGCUGUUCUCUGACAGAGUGAUUAUUAGACUACGUGCAAUAAAAGAUGUUGAUUGUAAA